AUGAGGAAGAGCAGUGCCCAGUGGCUCUCAAACAAACUUAAAAAUGCUAAAGAAGUUGGUAAUGAAGCGAAGAGGUUUCUUGAUACACUUUAUCAAACAUUGAACCCACAUUUCCCUGAACAACACCAAAACUAUACAAAUGAGUUCCUCGAGGAACAGUGGGUUCUAGAGAAACAGUACCAUCGCACCGCCAAUGUGACCUUAAAGAACAGUCAACUUCAACUCGGUGGACUCCUCUGCUUACAAGAUAAGCUGGAUGCUGCUUGGGGCACCACGGCAUUGACUCCACAGCAGGCCCUUGCUCGGGCUACCGCUUGUUCUACGCUCACAGAGCAAAUUAGGACCGUCCGCGAGAGGCUUGGUACAUAUUACUUGACCGACCGAAUGACACAGGAAGAGAGCGAAUUGCUAGUGAAGGUGUGGCAUACUAAAACCGAGGUCAGACGGCGAUUUUUGGCGUUGAUUGAAGAGAAGCAACCCUUAAUUCGUGUUCGCCGGGCUGGGGAAACCACCACACUUGGCACCUGGGGGCAGCAGAAACUAAUUGAAUCACUCCGGAAGCAUGCCGAGAAGAUCCGAUCCGUGUUGAACUCGUACAACAAUCAUGUUCGGGCUUAUGUUUCUGCCUUUAGGUUCCCCCACCUCCAGAAUUCAACAAGUCCCACGCAAGCGGCCCCUUGCAAGGGCAAAGGGACUUCGCCUGACGAAUACGAGCCCAGGGGUCUCAACCUGACUGCCUACGGUAUCCAAGCCCUCAACCUUUCCAUCGACCUCUGCUCUGUCCUCUCGGGCCUCCUCUGUCCCCUGCCCACCUACAACUUCACAGACCCCAGCCAGUACUCCAUCCCCGCCAUCCCCGCACUCGCCUGGGCCGUCACCUGGCUCUCCGCCUCCUUCCUCAUCCUCGCCGCCCUCAUCGCCCUUGCCGCCGUCACCAUCGCUCCCUCCUCCUUCCUGCUCACCGCCCCGCCGUGUGAGCCCUGUGGGAAGUCAUUUAAUACUUUGGUCGCCCAAAACAACCAUCUGGUCAUCAAGAAGCACCAUCAGACCAUCAAUCAACAACCCAAAGAAAACAAACACCAACAAACUAAAAUUGGCCAUCUAGCCGAGAGCUCCUCAAAUCCGAUAGCCCAAUUGGACAGCCUCAACCUAUCCGAGAAGAUCAAAGUAGAUGCAAUCCCAUCUGAACAGAAGAAGGCCGACUUGGAGCGGCUGAUCGAGCUGCAGAUUGCCCAGGCGCCGCGGAUUGAGCCAAACGAAUGUCUUUUCUGUCCCCGCUCGAGCUCGGUCCGCUUCGCCGACCCAGACCAGGCCCUGACCCACAUGCUCCGCCCCCACGGCUUCUUCCUACCCGACCAGGAAUACCUCGUCAAUAGGCCCAGCCUCCUUGCCUAUCUCGCAGAAACGAUAGCUGUCUGGAACGUCUGUCUCUACUGCGGCACUGGGUUCGGUGGUAAGAUCACCGCCGAUCAGGCCCUUCCAGAUCACGCCUCGUUGACCCGCAAAGGACUCGAAAGCAAUCAUUGCAAGCUGGCUUGGGAUACCGAAGAGCAAAGGCUAGAGUACUCGGACUUCUUUGAUUAUUGA